CGUAUGACUACAUCCAUAAGCGACAGAAAUUUAGCAAGAUGGCGUCUGUGGAUGUUAGGGACAACCUUCUGGGAAUAUCCUGGGUGGACAGUGGUUGGGUGCCCAUCCUGAACCCAGGCAAUGUACUGGAUUACUUUUCCGAGAGAAGCAACCCCUUCUAUGACAGGACCUGCAACAAUGAAGUGGUGAAGAUGCAGAGACUCACUCUGGACCAUCUAAACCAGAUGGUGGGAGUUGAGUACAUUCUGCUUCACGCACAGGAGCCCAUUCUGUACAUCAUUCGAAAACAACAAAGGCAAUCUCCCAGUCAAGUUAUCCCCCUGGCUGAUUAUUACAUCAUUGCAGGAGUGGUAUAUCAGGCUCCUGACCUGGGCUCUGUGAUAGGCUCCAGGGUGCUGUCUGCUGUGCAUGGGAUUCAGUCUGCAUUUGAUGAAGCCAUGUCCUACUGCCGCUACCAUCCCUCCAAAGGCUACUGGUGGCACUUCAAGGAUCAGGAUGAUAAAGAAAAAGCAAAACCGAAAUCCAAAAAGAAGGAGGAGCCCAGCUCCCUAUUUCAGAGACAGAGGGUGGACACUCUGCUCCUGGAUCUGAGACAGAAAUUUCCUCCAGCCUUCUAUCAGCCAAAGCCUGGAGAGAAGCCUGUUCCAGUGGAGGUGAAGAAGGAGCCUGAGCCUCCGGCUGAAGCGGCAAAGCAGGAAGAGCGCGAAGCCACCAAGACCCCCGCGCCAGCUCCGCCCAGCAAGGCCCCCCCAGAGAAACGGCCUCGGCUGCAGUGAUGCCCCCCCCCGCGUGCAGACGAGAGAGGGAGCUGCGGGACUGGCAUGCAGGAAGUCGGAGGACGCGUUCACAAUGCACGGCCACGCACUCGUGCACUGGGGGCGUUUAAAAAUUGAUGCUGGAGAGCACGCAAAAUAGAGGAUGGAAAGAACUCAGGGAGCCAGUCCGAGCUCCUCAAGGACUGUCAGCCUGCUUGAAUGUCAGCAUGUAGCUGUAGCAGGUGGUGCUCUUUUUCAGGUUCAGAGUGAGACUUUGUGUCUCAUCUGGCGUGGAUUGUGAAAGAUUUACAACAGCUUGACAAAGUGCUUGGAAGGAACUUAGCAUUUCAGUCCUUGAUACUGGAGAAGGAGCCAAUUCUAAAUACCCGUUGUGUGCCUUGAGGGCUGUGAUAUUUACAGAGGGGAUCCAGACUCCAUUGCACAUGGUCCUGCAAUUAAGACCAAUCCUCUCAGAGAACAUUUAUCUUAUGGAUAGGCACGGAUGGUGUAUGGAUUGGUGGGGUAAUGGAGUAUUAAGUAUCUCUUUAAACAUGCUCUCCCUUCCAGGGCAUAUGGAGUAAACUGUACUGGUGAGUUUUACCAAUGAUGCCAUCUUGGAGCUCAGUGAAAGCAGUUCCAAGCACCUGAUUUGUCUCAUCCUUGUUCAUUAAAAUCAGGGCUCUUUAACAAGAGAUUGGUGUUCUUGUUCUCUCAUGAGAAAUUUCUGAUGGAACUGGACCAAAUGUCUUUUAAGUUUUUUUACUCUUGUGCUUCUGGGCAACACCACACGAGACAGCUGCCUCUCCUGGCUGUGACUUGUGAGGGACGUCUGCUCUUGUUUUCAAAGGUUUGUAUGCUUUCAGGAGUUGUAGACGCACACAUUUAAUUUGUGGAGUUCAUAUUCAGCCUUCUGCAAAAGAAUAGGUAAGCUGAAUAGACUUAAGUUACUUUGCUAGACAAUUUAUGUUGUCAGCAUUUCAACUUCAAUUAGAGGGUAUUCAGAGUGAAAUUACUAGCUUCAUCAGUAUUGUAGUUGCAUUUUGACAGAAGUCUUUUAUUCAGGAAUACCCAACUUCAAGGGUACUUAUAAUGCCUUCAGCACGCGGAACUUUACAUAGCUAGAAAAUUGAAAUCAGUUACUCUGUGAAUAAGAACUCAGGUGGUGAAAAAUCCAGAAGACAUAGAGUUCCUCUGGGAACAGGGUUGCAAACCUCUGGUCUAGAAAAUGGUGAUAUCUUCCAAUUGGAUUUUGAGACUUGCAUGACUACAUGUAGUAGGGGAGACAUGUUUGAAUGAAUAGGCACAAACUGGUGUUCUGGACCUCUUUCCUUCCUUUCACAAGAUGGACUUUUUAAGUGAUUGACUUUUUCUGUUAACAGGAUUUUCAAAAUUGAUUUUGUAUGUGUUGUAUGUAUUUUAGGAAAGAGUUUUGUUUUUCUCUUCAACUAAUAAAUUACAGAAUUUUCCAGAA